AUGCGGGGAGCCGGGGGCGGCGGUUCGAGCAGCGGCGUCGGCGGCGGCGCUUAUAGUCUGGUCUCAAGUGUGAGUGGCAGCGGGGUAGGGCGCGCGAGUGGAAGCAGAACGGGCAGAGGCAGCGUGUUUACGCAGACCGUGAUACAGGUAUAUUUUUUUGAUAUUACCUAAAUGUCGUGUUUGCUCUGGAAGUCGAUCUAGAUGUGUGUCGACCACAUAAUUCUGGUACCAGCAAGAAUACGAAUGGUAUAAUCUUACGAGCCCCACGAAAAAUAAGAUUUCCAUUUGAUUCGCACCAAGAUUAAUAUUUUUAAAACAGGUCGGGAAUAAUAGCAAAGGAAGCAAAGCUCGCCCCCUGGACGAGAGGUCUAGUACAGAGAAAGCCAGCGCCGCAAGUCGUUCUAGCUCCAGUAGUAAGGAACAUGCCAGCACCGCUUUACAAGCACCAGCACCUCCCCUGGAUCCGCUGAGUCAGCAGCGCCUGCACUGCAUGCAGGUGUUUCUGCGGGCCCAGAAGGAACUCGGAGAUACGUUGGAGUACAUUGACCUGAACCUUUCUGGCUGCCGCAAAAUCACGAAAAAAUUUCAUCGCCACAUUACCGACCAAUUCCUGAUUCACUGGGAUUCCAGGUCGAGACCGAAGAAAGUCGAAGCUGUUGCCGUUCCACCGGCGGGCUCGUCAUCUGCAGAAGGUUCGUCCUCUUUGCCAGGCGCUGCGACACAGGUUUCUGUCUCCGUAGCGACUACUGGUGCGAAAAACUACACGCACGAUGAUCAUUCUGAAACUAACGCACAAGUAGACCA